AUGUGGCGGGUCUUCACUGGCGCUCUCUCCUCUGAAGAGAAAAGCAGCCAGCUCCUCUGCGACCUGCGAGACAUCGAGUCGUGGAUCUACCGCCUGCUGCGCUCGCCGGUGCCGGUGGCGGGACAGAGGCGUGUGGACGUGGAGGUGCUACCCCUUGAGCUGAAACGGGCCCUGACCUUCGCUCUGCCUGACAACUCUCGCUUCUCCAUGGUGGACUUCCCGCUGCACCUGCCCCUAGAGCUGCUGGGGGUGGAUGCCUGUCUGCAGGUGCUCAGCUGCAUCCUGCUCGAGCACAAGGUGAUUCUUCAGUCCAGAGACUACAACGCCCUGUCCAUGAGUGUGAUGGCCUUUACUGCCAUGAUCUACCCUCUGGAAUACAUGUUCCCUGUGAUCCCUCUGCUUCCCACAUGCAUGGCCUCAGCAGAACAGCUCCUCCUCGCUCCCACUCCGUACAUAAUUGGGGUCCCGGCCAGUUUCUUCCUCUACAAAGCGGACUUCAAAAUGCCGGACGACGUGUGGCUGGUGGAUUUGGACAGCAGCAGGGUCAUUGCACCGACCAACGCAGAGAUAUUACCACCACUUCCUGAGCCUGAAGCUGGAGAGCUAAAGAAGCAUCUGAAACAGUGUCUGCUUAGGCUCAGCGCCAUCACCCAAAAGCAGAUCUUCUUCUCGGCUGAAUCUAAGGCGUUGGCCAGUAUGAGCCUGAACACGCAGCCCAUCCUGAACCUGGAGAAGUUCCAGGAAGGACAGGAGCUGCCCUUACUCCCUCCAGGACGUGAUAAAGCCUCACCCUCCUCCACCGAGUUCAACCCCCUCAUCUACGGCAACGAUGUGGACUCAGUCGACGUGGCCACCAGAGUGGCCAUGGUGCGGUUCUUCAACUCUCCCAACGUCCUCCAAGGCUUUCAGAUGCACACUCGCACCUUGCGUCUGUUCCCGCGCCCGGUGGUGGCGUUCCAGUGCUCUUCCUUCUUGGCGUCUCGGCCUCGACGCUCCAGCUUUGCAGACAAACUCUCUCAUACUCAGGCUGUAGAGUUCUACGGAGAAUGGGCCCUGAAUCCUUCAAACCUGGCCUUUCAGAGGAUCCACAACAAUGUGUUUGACCCGUCUCUGAUUGGAGACAAACCCAAGUGGUACGCUCACCAGCUGCAGCCAGUGUUGUACCGAGUCUAUGACAGUGGUUCUCAGCUGGUGGAGGCCAUGGCCAGUCCUCUGGAAGACGAGGCCAACGACUCUGACCCCUCAGACAGUGGCAGCGACAGCGACGGCUACGACGGCUCCAGCUCCUCAUACUCGUCACUUGGAGACCUCGUGAGUGAAAUGAUCCAAGGAGACAUCCAAGGAGAGACCACCAACUUGGAUCCGCCCACUCACGCGGCGCUGGGAGACCCCAGUGAGGUGGAGUUCCAGGACUUGCAGGAACUGAGCGAGGGCCAGAGCUCGGAGACAUCCACAGGAGGAGCAGACGUCCCCCCAGAACCAUCAGACGGACAGCCCCUUCGCUCCAGCUCCAGCACCACGGCCAGCUCCAGCCCCAGCACCAUCAUCCAGGGAGUCAACAAUGAGCCAGGAGAGCCACCUGAAAUGGAGGCCUCAGCCAGCGCCGCCCUGCAGACCCCUGUCCCAGGCCUGGCCAGUCAGCCGUUCCUCCGCCCCCCAGCUGAUAGCGGCGCCGUGGACCCGACCAACAAGAAGCCAGAGUAUGACAACCCCUACUUUGAGCCCCAGUACGGUUUCCCCACGGAGGACGACCCAGAGGCGGACGAGCAAGUGGAGUCCUACACGCCUCGAUUCAACCAGAGCCUCAAUGGCAACAAGGUUGGUCGGCCCCUGCGUCCCAGCAGCCUCCGUCUUCCCGGAGAGUCUGAUGGAGAAGACUCUCGCAACAGUUCUCCCAACUCCACCAUCUCCAACAGCAGCAACGAUGGUCUGGGAGGACUCAUGUCUUUUGCGAGUAAUCUCUACAAGAACCAUGGCACAAGUUUUAGUCUUUCCAACCUGGCUCUUCCAAACAAGGCGGCGAGAGAGAAGGCCACUCCUUUCCCCAGCCUCAAAGGUGCUCGUGCGCCGCGGGCUCUGGUGGACCAGAAGUCCUCUGUGAUUAAACACAGUCCUACAGUGAAGCGAGAGUCCCCCUCCCCUCAGGGACGAGUCAACAACAACAGUGAGAACCAGCAGUUCCUGAAGGAGGUGGUGCAGAGCGUGCUGGACGGACAGGGAGUGGGCUGGCUCAACAUGAAGAAAGUGCGCCGCCUGCUGGAGAACGAACAGCUGCGCGUCUUUGUACUAAGUAAACUCAACCGUGCGGUGCAGUCUGAGGAGGACGCCAGGCAGGAGGUCAUCAGAGACGUGGAGGUGAACAGAAAGGUGUACAAAGGCAUGCUGGACAUUUUGAAGUGCACCGUGUCCAGCCUGGAGCAUUCUUACACCAAUGCUGGUCUUGGGGGGAUGGCCAGCGUGUUCAGUCUGCUCGAGAUUGCACGCACACACUACCAAACCAAAGACCCUGAGAAGCGAAACAAGCGAAGCCCCACUGACAGUUCUAGCAGCCCGGGGAGCAAAGAGAGCCCGUCGUCCCGCGUGGAGGCCGCCCGUGGCCCCACCCUCCUCCACGUCCCCCAUCUGCAGGUGCCUCACCACGGCACUGGCCGUGGCACGCGCCACUUUGACACCCGCAGCCUGAACGAGGAAAACUUUAUAGCCUCCAUUGAAUUGUGGAGCAAGCACCAGGAUAAGCAAAAAGCUAUGGAAAAACCACAGAGGUCUGAAGGAGGGAAGCAACAGCGCUCUCUGGUGGCAGAUGCAGAGGAGAAAAAGUCCCAGAUGAGUUCUGACAGUGGGCUCAGCGUCAUGUCCGGAUCUCAGAAGAGCGAUAGUGAGUCGGUGACCAGCUCCGAGCCUCCCAUCCUCACACGGAGCACGAGCCAGGACUCCGAGGCCAGCACAGUGAUCAGCAACAGCUCUGGGGAGACUCUGGGAGCGGACAGUGACUUGAGCAGCACAGCAGGAGACGGCCUGGGCAGGAGCGCAGCCCACCUCACCACAUCCCGGGGCACGCUCUCUGACAGCGAGAUCGAGACCAACCCUGCCACCAGCGCCGUCUUUGGGAGGACCCACACACUGAAGCCAGGGGCCAGAGAGCAGCUGUCUGCCAUGGGGAAAGGUCCUCCUCCACCUCUGGAAGACCUCAGCAUGAGGAUCUACCUGUGUGAGGGGCUCCUGGGACGAGAUAAGAGCUCCGUUUGGGACCAGCUGGAGGACGCUGCCAUGGAAACCUUUUCUCUAAGUAAAGAGCGCUCCACUCUCUGGGACCAAGUGCAGUUCUGGGAGGACGCUUUCCUGGACGCCGUCAUGUUGGAGAGAGAAGGCAUGGGCAUGGACCAGGGCCCACACGAGAUGAUUGAGAGGUACCUGUCCCUGGGAGAACACGAGCGGAAGCGUCUGGAGGACGAUGAGGACCGCCUUCUGGCCACUCUGCUACACAACAUGGUCGCCUACAUGCUCAUGCUCAAAGUGAACAAAAACGACAUCCGGAAGAAGGUGAGGCGUCUGAUGGGCAAGUCUCACAUUGGCCUCUCAUACAGCCAAGAGAUCAACGAGCUCCUGGACAAACUGAGUCACAUGAAUGGUCGAGAGCUCUCCAUCCGGCCCUGUGGAAGCCGACACAUCAAAAAGCAGACGUUUGUGGUUCACGCUGGCAUUGACAACAAAGGAGACAUCUUUUUCAUGGAGGUGUGUGAUGACUGCAUCGUCCUCCGCAGUAACAUUGGUACGGUUUACGAGCGCUGGUGGUACGAGAAGCUCAUCAACAUGACCUACUGCCCCAAAACCAAAGUGCUGUGUCUGUGGAGGCGCAACGGCCAAGAGACACAACUCAACAAGUUCUACACCAAGAAGGAACAUCAGAUCAUGCUGUAA